CUAUCGUCUCAAUCUCUCUCUCUCUCCCUCUAUGUAUAUAUACACACACACAUCUUCCUUUCUCCAUAAGGCCUAGAAAGAAUUCAUUCGUUAAUUAGGCUACUUACCAGCGACACAAAGUCAUAUCCUCUCUCUAUCUGCCACACACAGGAGAUAUUCAUAAAACGGAAAGAAAACACGAUCGAUGGCUUCUUGGAAAAAAACCAUCACAUCCCCUUUCAAGAAAGCAUGUACUUUUUUCAAUCAGCAACCGAGAGAUAAGAAGUCUCAACCAGGGCACGAGAACCGAGUGAUGGAUCUGCAUGGGGAGGUCAUGGCAUGUGGCUACGAGGAUGUUCAAGUUAUGUGGUCCAUUCUCGACAAGUCUAAGUCCUCCAACUGCAACUUAACUUCUUCAUGACAUCUACUACUAUAUCUCAUAUAUAUAUAUUACAUAUAUGUUACCAGUUCAUCAUUCAUAGAUAUAAGGAUCUGGUACCAUAUCUAACAUCCGACCUUGUAGAUAUACUAGAUCCCCCAUACCCUCAACCAUGCACCCCUCCCCUCCCCCCAAAAAAAAGGAGGGAGAGAGGGAAAAAGAUAAAAGAUCUAGCGUCAGCCUUCAAGAUUCUCAGGCAAUUUUCUUUUUUGUGAUGCCCCUUGGCGAUGUAUGUUACUUUUAUUUAAUUAAAUGGAAUCCCCGUGAUAAAUAAUAAAAAAUCACGGUGAGAUUUUUAA